CCUAUUGUAAAGAUGGCGUCCAUCAUGGAAGGGCCGCUCAGCAAGUGGACUAACGUUAUGAAAGGUUGGCAGUACCGCUGGUUCGUUUUGGACUACAAUGCCGGUUUGCUGUCAUACUACACGUCAAAGGACAAGAUGAUGCGAGGAUCCAGAAGAGGCUGUGUGAGACUUAGGGGAGCUGUGAUCGGCAUCGAUGACGAGGACGACAGCACGUUCACCAUCACAGUGGACCAGAAGACUUUCCAUUUCCAAGCCCGAGAUGCAGACGAGCGGGAGAAGUGGAUCCACGCCUUAGAGGGAACUAUCCUCCGUCACACCCUCCAACUCAGAGAGGCCGAGACAGGAUUUGUUCCGAGCGUUCAAGACUUUGAUAAGAAGCUCGCUGAAGCUGACGCCUACCUGCAGAUUCUGAUUGACCAGUUAAAGCUGUUUGAUGAGAAGAUCAAGGACUGCAAAGAGGAUGAAUCACGCAGAAAAAUUGAAAAUCUGAAGGAGACCACUUGUAGCAUGGUAGAGUCCAUCAAGCACUGUAUUGUACUGCUGCAAAUCGCCAAGGACCAAAGUAACGAACAGCAACACGCAAACGGACUUAUAAGCACCAUAAACCCAGUGGAUGGGAUCUACCAACCCCCUCUGGACACUCCUGUAGUCAACACCACGAUGCCAACACAGACCACACUACCCACAGACGCUUCUCAGGUGUGUAAAUCAGACCAACGACCCUCCACGUUACCUGUUGGUCCCGUCGUCACGGUGAUGGGCAGUCUGCAGACCCCAACUCCCAACAGCACAGGGAGUGGCCCGUCAGGCCCCAGCAGCGGCGUCGCCUCCCCAGCUCACAUCCCCCUCCCCUCGCACUCGGUGCCAGACUUCUCCUACUCCUCCAGUGAGGAUGAGUUCUACGAUGCUGACGAGUUUUACCAGAGCAGCACUUCCCCCAAACACUGCAUAGAUCCCUCAGGGCCUCAAGCUGCCUCGCCCCUCACUAAUGAAGCGACAGCGUUGAAAAGACCUGACACCACAGAGUCCCUCAACUCGUCCAUGUCCAAUGGUACCACAGAUGCAGAUCCGUUUGACAGCCACGACGACCGUGACGAUGAAGGCGAGGGCGAAUCUGUGGAGGAGCACAAGAGCGUCAUUAUGCAUCUUCUCUCUCAAGUUCGUCUGGGCAUGGACCUCACAAAGGUGGUGCUGCCUACCUUCAUUCUAGAGAGGAGAUCUUUGUUAGAAAUGUACGCAGACUUCUUUGCACAUCCCGACCUAUUUGUAAGUAUCGCUGAGCAGCCGGAGCCCCGGGAGCGCAUGGUUCACGUGGUAAAGUGGUACCUGUCAGCUUUCCAUGCAGGGAGGAAAGGUUCAGUGGCCAAGAAACCUUACAACCCAAUCCUGGGAGAAGUCUUCUACUGCCACUGGGAUCUGCCCAGCGAGUCAGAGGAGCCCUCCCCGCUCACGGAGGCGGUAUCAGAAGGUCCAGUACCGUGGUCUUCAUCCAACAGUGUGUGUUUUGUGGCAGAGCAGGUCUCUCACCACCCACCCAUUUCUGCAUUCUAUGCAGAGUGUUUAAGUAGGAAGAUCCAGUUCAACGCUCACAUCUGGACCAAGUCUAAGUUCUUAGGCAUGUCCAUAGGUGUCCACAAUAUUGGCCAAGGUUGUGUGUCGUGUUUGGAGCACGAUGAACACUACAUCCUCACCUUCCCUAACGGAUAUGGCAGGUCGAUCCUGACUGUGCCGUGGGUGGAGCUAGGCGGGGAGUGCAACAUCUCCUGCUCCAAGUCGGGCUACAGCGCCAACAUCGUGUUCCACACCAAACCCUUCUACGGAGGAAAAAAGCACAGGAUCACCGCUGAGAUUUUUGCACCAAAUGAUAAGAAGUCCUUCUGCUCCAUUGAAGGCGAAUGGAACGGAGUGAUGUACGCCAAGUGGGCAACUGGAGAGAACACCGUGUUCAUAGACACUAAGAGGAUAGGCAUCAUUAAGAAGAAAGUGAGAAAGCUGGAAGACCAGCUCGACUACGAGUCCCGAAGAUUGUGGAGAGAUGUGACGUUGAACCUGAAGCUGAAAGACAUCGAUGCAGCAACAGAAGCCAAACACCGGCUGGAGGAGAAACAGAGAGCUGAAGCCAGAGAGAGGAAGGAGAACGAGCAGCAGUGGGAGACAAGGCUAUUCCAUGAGGACGGGGAGUGCUGGGUCUACGAUGAGCCUCUAUUAAAGAGAUUAGCCUCUCAGAGGCACUGAGCAGACUCCGCACACUCUGAUAACACACACCAUACAUAUGCAUAACGAGAUGCACACACAACAGAGUCUUCAUAAGAACUCUUUUGCAAAACCACUUUUUUUCCAAGCCUUGGAAUGACUGAUGAUUGAAUAUGUACACAGCUUUGCAUUUGACUGUAAAACAACUAUAUGGAAAUGAAUGAAAUCGAAUGGAAAAGCAUCUAAGAUGUAACAUGAAAACUUCUCCUCUCCUUAUUUGGGCAAUGUCACUUCCACCGCCACUGAUACCCGCCAACACGAAACUCGGCAGCGCAGAGAGGUCGACGCGUCUCGUCUCUCAACUCUGACCACACCCCUCAUCAGCUCCACAGAGCAGCACUCGUUUCCCGACACAAACCUUUUUUUGGGAGGGAGGGGGCAGAGGUCUGUGUGGUUGAUGGCGUUCAAAUCAAACAAGACAAAUAAAACCGGCGCUCUACAUCUCAGGGAAUCUGGUGACUGAGGAAAGAAAGCUGCUGCCCCCUCCGAGAGUCUGACAGCCUUAUAACGGUGGAAGGGACGAAUCUUAAAGGGGCGGGGGAGACAUCCUCCGCUUGCCUGCAACUAGAUGUAACUGUUGUUUAUAUAUAGAUAUACAUAUGAUGGAUAUAUAAAUAUAUAUUCUUUUUUUAUUUUCAACGCUCUUUUUGUUUAUUUUUUUUCUUUCUGGCAAUAGUGUAAAAUAUUUAAAGAUAUGAAUUUGAUGGCUUUACAUCUUUAGGAAUCAUUCCAUUUACCCUUUUGGUGUUAUGUUUCCAUUUCAAGUUCACUUUGCCGCCUAUGUGGUCCGUCACUCUGUUCUGUGUCUCAAGUGUUUUCCAGAAGCAAAGCCCUGCGUAAGCCAUAGUAUCUGAACACGCCGAUUUGUGGAAUAUAUGCAAUAUAGAGAUCAUAUGGGACAAAUAUGGGUGUCCAUUAUGCCAAAAAGGUUUAGAAAAAAGGCUGAAGGGACUUUCAUCUGGACUGAGAACAAACAAUGUUUCCAUGUUACCUGAAGGCAUUUAUGAACAAAUGAUUGUUUACAUAUUUUUGUCUUUCUGGAUCGCUGGUUCAUGAUGUGAGGCUAGGAACGAGUCUGCGACGUCUCCCUUUUUUGUCCCCGUGUCCUCUCCAAACCCAAAGAUGUCAGAGUGGAUCACCUUGAUGUGUUGUCAGAGGGAGAGGAGAGUUCAAAUUGAAGAACCAGAGUAGACUUUUGAAACACUGCUGCUGUUUCAUAGUGCUGCUAUAAGUCCAGAUUUUGUUCUUCCAGUUCAGUUUUCAUGUUUUUUUGUUUUUUGUCCAAUGUUUUUUUUUUUUUUUUUUUUUGAGAUAACAACCACAUAGAGGGCAAUAUUUAUCCUACUGUACACCUCUGCUUUAUUGAACCAUCAUUCGUUCUCUUAUUUACAGCUUCAUAGGUUGGAUCAAAAUGCAAUGAUAUUUGGAUGAAAUACAGAAAUAAAAACCAAUUUUCACCUGAAAA